GAUAAUAAAUCAAGGAAAUGUCAACAACAUCAUCAUCCUCCCACUCUCACCUAAAUUCGAUCGACCCAGUUCUCCCUCCUUCUCCAGUCCUAGCCGCCGGCCGCCCACCGGAAGAAUCUGCAACCAUGUGUUCGCGGCUCUGCCCCAUCAUCAUCUACUUCCUCUUCGUGAUCCCCCGCCCCUCCCUUGCCCUCGACUUCCUCUUCGACUCCUUCGCCGGAGCGGGCAAUGCCACGCAGAUCCUCCUCAUCAACGACGCGAGGGUGCAGUCGGGCGUGGUCAAGCUCACUAAUGACUCCGUGCAGUUCUCCCAUGGCCGCGCCUUCUACCCUUCGAGAAUUGCCAUGAGAGCUCAGCCCAAUUCCACCUCCGUAACCUCCUUCUCGACCCAGUUCGUCUUCUCCGUCCUGCCGCAGAUCGCCACCAGCCCUGGCUUUGGCCUCGCCUUCGUCCUCUCCAACUCCACUUCUCCCUCAGGUGCUCUGGCGAGUCAGUACUUUGGUCUGUUCACCAACGCCGCAGUUCCCCCUCCGGCUCCACUCUUAGCAGUCGAAUUCGAUACAGGGAAGAACCAAGAACUGAAGGACCCCGAUGAUAACCAUGUCGGAAUUGAUCUCAACAAUGUCGAAUCAGUGGUGAUCCAACCUGCAGGGUACUACAAUUCGUCGGGCGACUUUGUUCCGUUUCGCAUGAGGACUGGGCAGAAUGUCCAUGCAUGGAUUGAACUUGAUGGCAACGAUUUUGAAAUCAAUGUGACGAUUGCCCCUCUUGGUGUUUCUAGACCAUCGAGGCCUUUGAUUAGCUAUAAGGAUCCCAACAUAUCUAAUUAUGUGUCCCAGGAGAUGUGUGUCGGGUUCUCCGCAUCGAAGACUAAUUGGGUCGAGGCGCAGAGGGUGCUGGCUUGGAGCUUGAGCGACGUGGGAGUAGCUCGCGACAUCAACACUACUAAUCUCCCUGUUUUCUUGCCUGAAUCUUCUUCCCCGGGUUUAUCUGCUGGUGCAAUUGCCGGGAUUUCUAUUGCUUGUGUGAUUUUUGUGCUAAUCGUUGUGUCCGGGUGUUACUGGUAUUGGUGGAGGAGUAAGUCGGGUGAGCAACAAGAGGAUGAGGUCGAGGAUUGGGAGCUCGAGUAUUGGCCUCACAGAUUCCCCUAUGAGGAACUAAUGCGAGCAACUGAUGGGUUCUCCAGCAAUAGGCUCCUGGGUUCAGGUGGUUUUGGAAGAGUCUACAAAGGAAUCCUAGAAAACAACUCUGAAGUCGCAGUUAAGUGCGUGAACCACGACUCGAAACAAGGGCUGAGGGAAUUCAUGGCCGAGAUCUCGAGCAUGGGCAGGCUCCAGCACAAGAACCUAGUACAGAUGCGGGGUUGGUGUAGGAGAGGCAACGAGCUACUGAUCGUCUAUGACUACAUGCCCAAUGGAAGCCUCAACAGAUUGAUCUUCAAUAAAUCCGAGAAGCUCUUGGGAUGGGAGCAACGCCGGAGGAUCCUCUCCGAUGUCGCCGAGGGGCUGAACUACCUCCACCACGGGUGGGACCAGGUGGUGAUCCACCGGGAUAUCAAGUCCAGCAAUGUGCUGUUGGACUCCGACAUGAGAGGGAGGCUCGGAGACUUUGGUCUUGCAAAGUUGUACCAGCACGGCGAAACACCGAACACCACUCGUGUAGUGGGGACGUUGGGGUACUUAGCGCCUGAGCUGGUAACGUCGGCGAUGCCGUCUCAGUCGAGCGACGUAUACAGCUUCGGGGUCGUGGUGCUGGAGGUUGUAUGUGGGAGGAGGCCGAUAGAAGUCUCUGUCAGAUCAGAUGACGAGGUAGUUCUGGUCGACUGGGUAAGGAGCCUGUACUCGAGGGGGGCUAUCAGCCUGGCAGUGGAUGAGAAAAUAAAGGGAGUGUGCAGCACACAGGAGGUGGAGACGGUCCUGAAGCUCGGGUUGGCCUGUUGCCACCCUGACCCCACGCGAAGGCCCGGGAUAAAAGACGUGGUGGCUCUGCUUCUUGGUGGAGAUGAGCCUCAGAUUCCUAUGUGAAUAUCUCAUAAAUUUGUAUCUACUUUUUGUUCACAACGCUCUCUACUCCAAUAUUUUCUACUUGUAAGUUCGUCAUUGUACAUGGAAUCAUAAAAAUGGGAAUUUAGCAGACCGAUGUUAAUCAGAUCCCUUUUCGAGUCAAAA